CCUUUUCCUCAAGAAAGAUCACCAAGUAUACCUGCAGGACACGACCGUCCCGAACAGCAUUAAUGCAUUCCGCUGUACCCUCACACCUGCACACACGCACGCAUAGGCACGUGCGCGCGCCGUGCAUACAUGUAUGCAUGCGGAGAUUGCAGAAUUUGUGGACAGUGGAGUCAGUGGAGAGCCGAGCGGGCCAACGGGCGUCUCUCUCACGGUGGCUCAUCUCGCAAACGGAACGGAGGCAACGGAGCUCCGAAUGCUCCGAUUUUCGCCGGAGUAGAGCGAGAGAAUGGUGAGACGUCCGCGUCUGUUCGGAAUGCCGAAGCGUCGCGACGCGCUCCGCUGGACUCUCUAGAAAUUCUCGCAAUUGUGCAAACGACAGAGAGAAAGAGAGAGAGAGAGAGAGAGAGAGAGAGAGAGAGAGAGAGGCAACGUGUGUGCGACGCGUGUGCGUGCACUGCGUGCGUGAGGUCGUUGCAUUGAUGGGAACUCCGUCGUCCGUCGUACUCUCGUCUCGUUGCCAUUCAGCCAUUUACCGUGCCAUGCGUUCACCCGCCGAGCUGCCGCUCAUCCGUCGUAAAUUGAACGUUACUCAUUAACGUCGGAAUUCCUCCUCAGUGCAUUCAUCAGAAUCACACCUGGCCAUCAGUUAUGCGGAGGGUUCAACAGGAUAAGUGGCGGUAUUAAAAUUGUAGUGCCAGAAGAAAAAUAUUCACAUCUGUGAUAUUCGGCAAUACAUCAUACCAUUAUCACAUCAUAUAUUAUGAUAAGUGAAAGCCCGUGUCUGUCUCGUACAGCAGCCAACAACACAACAGUGCUCUCUGAUGCAGUCAGUCUCGCGUGUCAGUUUGAGUUGGGAUCAACGUCAUUCUUAUACUAACAAUCAUAUGCCUGAAUAUAAAUAAACUGAACAAACAUGAGGGUGACAGCGUGCCAUUUUCGCCGCUGCGUAAUAGCAGGACUGUCCGUAGCACUAUUAUUUUGCGUCAUUCAAGUAAUACGAAUAGAGUUAGGAUUUAAUGAAUCUGAUAUGUCAAAUUUAAACAAAUUAAUGUACAUAUCACAAUUGAUCAAAGAAUCAGAACAGUCUUAUGUGAGAGAUGGUAUUGUUGCGUGCAAGUUACCUCAGUUGAAUAUCUCUAGUCCGGAAAUAAUGAAAUUCAUACAUGAUGUGCCACCCUUAUCUUGUGGGCCAGAAGAUUGGGUCAUAGUGGAAGGUUCAAGACUUGUUAUUACUAACAAAGCGAAGACGAAACACGGACAAAUAAGAUGCAUCUUCAGUGAAAUUAUUAGAACAGAUGACUACGAUACAAAAUUGUUGGACGGUAUAGAGGCUGAUGAUUUUUACAUUUUGAGGGAGAGCGAUUUUGCAGACGUCAGAUGCAAGUCGAAAAGUGGAGAUGUGUGGCACAGUAUACUCGCUGGCGUGAAAUAUGAUCCGUAUAUCAAACAGAAGCACAAUUGGGAGAACGUGCCGGACACAGGCCUGAAAUUGAACGUGCUUAUGUUCGGGUUCGAUUCGCUGUCACGAAACACGUUUGUUCGCAAACUCCCCAAGACUUAUCGUUUCAUAAAACAACUGAAUGCUCUGGUGCUAGAGGGAUACAACAUUGUAGGGGAUGGCACACCGCAGGCACUUAUUCCGAUCCUAACCGGCAAGAUCGAACUUGAAUUACCGGAAACGCGGAAACGAAUUCACAAUGCGAAUUACGUUAACGUAUAUCCUAUGAUAUGGAAUAAAUAUGAAGAACACGGAUACAUAACAAGUUUUAUGGAAGAUGUACCGCACAUCGGAACGUUUACUUAUCGCCUGAAAGGAUUUGAUAAGCAACCGACUCACCACUAUAUGCGCACCUAUUAUCUAGCCGCUUCUCCAUACUUUAAAACAUAUAAUAAAUUCUGCAUAGCUGGCACUCCACGUCAUAUGGUGAUGAUGAAUUACAUAAAAACGAUAUUCAACACGUAUAAAAACCAGCCAAAAUUCGCGUUUGGAUUUCAUGGAGAACUUUCUCACGACUCUUACAACGAUAUCGGGGCAGUGGACGAUGAUUUAUAUUCUUGGGUGAAAGAUCUUUACGAUCUCGGACAUUUGAACAAUACCAUUUUAAUUUUGAUGAGCGAUCAUGGACACAGAUUCGCAGACAUUCGUAACACUUUGCAAGGCAAGCAAGAGGAAAGAUUACCGUUUUUCUCCUUCAUUUUUCCACCUUGGUUCAAGCAAGCCCACCCACAAGCAUACGCAAACUUUGUGUACAACACACAAUACUUAACAUCACCAUUUGACAUACACAAGACGUUGGAGAACAUACUUGACUUUGAUACGCCAAAAGAUGGGGAUCGUCGUCAACGAGCCAUCAGUUUGUUUGAUAAGGUGCCUCUAGAUAGAACAUGCGCAGAUGCCUUCAUAGAGCCUCAUUGGUGUGCUUGUCUCGGGUGGAAAGAAGUUUCAAUUGACGACACGAACGUUGUGGCCGCUGCCAACUACUUUGUUCAAUUCCUUAAUGGCUACACCGAGGAUCAUCACGAUAUAUGCGCGAUACUACAUUUGGACGAAAUUUUAUGGGCUGCUAAGCUCAUACCCACCAAAGGUUUACUUAACUUCCGAAAAUCCGGAGAUCAAGACGGUUUUAUAGGUGACUUCAGUGCCAAAACUAAAGUAAUGACUGAGAUUUAUCAAUUGAAAGUAAGAACAGUACCAGGUGACGCGUUGUUCGAAGUUAGCAUUAUUCAGGAUCUUGUGAAGAAUACUUUUCAUACUAAGAUCUCCGAUGUUAGCAGAAUUAAUAUGUAUGGAUCUCAGGCGAGAUGCGUGGAAAACUCGCUGUUUCAUUUACGCAAAUAUUGUUAUUGCAAGGAAUAGGUGACGCUUACCUAGCAUAAUUUUCAACAUUGUUCAUACAAGAACAGUGUGUGGAUCGAACCAUCAAUCAAAAUAAAUCUUGAUUGUAAGGA